CAGAAGCAAACCAGCUACAAUGAACACAUUUUGCUAUUCCUAUUAAGAGUACAAAAAAAAAAAUAAUAGCUGAAAUUCUUCUCUAGCUUUUAAAUGCUUUUGUUUAGGUGAGACAUGGAAUUCAUUAAAACUGCAUUAUCAAUUAAGAAAUGUGCAGGAACGAUUAGCUUAAAACCUGGUAGAAAAAGAGCGUAUUGACAACCGAGAAACAGAACUUCCUUCUCUUUGACAUGACAACACAUCCCCUCACCAACAACAACAUUAAGCAGCGCCUCAUCAAGAAGGUGCAGGAAGCCGUUCUCGACAAAUGGGUGAACGACCCUCACCGCAUGGACAAGCGCCUGCUGGCCCUCAUCUACCUGGCCCACGCCUCGGAUGUCCUGGAGAACGCGUUCGCGCCCCUCCUGGACGAGCAGUACUAUUUAGCCACCAAGCGGGUGCGGCAGCUCCUGGACUUAGACCCCGAGGCGGAGUGUCUGAAGGCCAGCACCAACGAGGUGCUGUGGGCAGUGGUGGCCGCCUUCACCAAGUGACCCUGCGCAGAGCCGAGCGUCCUCCUUUCUCUCACCGCAACCAGUCGUUUUUUCCUCCAGGGACUUCUGGUUUUCUGCAGUUGGUACUUCCCACACUAUAAUUGGCUUUUGUUUUAUGAAGUGGUGGGUGGCUUUUCCUGUUGUGGGUGUGUACGUGCAGGAAGCUGCUGGUAUGAGAGACCUUUCUGUUUAGGUUUAGGAGAAAAAGUUUUACCGCCUAUUGACAUUUCAUUCCUUCUUGAGUUCAAGAGAGUUGCCAUUCUCACUGUAAUAGGCUUUGGAUUUUUGUUAUUGAAGCACAGUUUGAUUUACAAUGUUGCAUGAGGUUCAGGUGUACAGCAUAGUGAUUCAGUUAUACG